CAUAGAUCAACAGAGACUGUUGAUUCCACUAGAGUUUGUAAAGAUUGUGGUUACUGCUACUUCUCCGAAUUUUUGGUUCCUGACAGUAGCGAUCUAUAUGAAGGCCGAACACUAAGACGCGAAGCACUUGAUGGAUCAACCAUUGAUCCCGGAAAGCGCCGGAGUAAUAUUUCG